GGCUGAUCUGGAAACAGCCAGCGCAGUUUCAGCACAAAUAAAUGGUCGACAGCCAGGUCGCUGCAGUCAUCAAGCGUCUGACUUUGCAACGCCCCACUUUAGGGAAGGGAAUGGUCGGUUUUUAAGGCGAGUGGACCCUUUCCAGUGUGUUUUGCGGGAAAAGUGAAACUGCAUCUGCGAGGACUGGAUGUCCGAAACCAGCUGAGGAAAAGCGCAACAUCAAGUGCAUAGAAUAAAAUAACCACCUCUAAGAAGAGCCGGAUAAGAUGGCGUCGGCCAAUGAUACCCGUCAUCAGACGCAGGUGCAGAAAGAUGUAGCCGAUCAGAAUUUUGACUACAUGUUCAAGCUCCUCAUCAUUGGUAACAGCAGCGUUGGAAAAACUAGUUUUCUGUUCCGUUACGCUGACGACUCCUUCACCUCUGCGUUCGUCAGCACGGUCGGCAUCGACUUCAAAGUCAAAACUGUUUACCGCAAUGAGAAACGAGUUAAACUGCAAAUAUGGGACACAGCAGGGCAGGAGAGGUACCGCACUAUUACCACAGCGUACUACAGAGGGGCCAUGGGCUUCCUGCUAAUGUAUGACAUCACUAACCAAGAAUCCUUCUACGCUGUGCAAGACUGGUCCAGAGAGGAUGGCCAGAGACUGGCUAAUGAGCUAGGCUUCCAGUUUUUCGAGGCCAGUGCAAAGGAUAACAUUAACGUCAAGCAGGUGUUUGAGCAGCUGGUUGACAUCAUCUGUGACAAAAUGAACGAGAGCUUGGAUGGAGACCCGAGCAUGUUAACCAAUCACAAAGGCCCGAGUCUGCAAGACACGCCCCCUGAUGAACAAAGCGGCUGUGGAUGUUAAUGAUCAUCUCUCAACAAACACUCAUACUUGAAGGCAAACAUUCACACACAUGCACUCACUCACUCCCUCUCUCUCUUACACACAUGUACACCAGAAGAGAGACUCUUUCACAAGUGUACUGCCAAUGUAUAGUAUGAAAUGCCAACCAAACAGUAAGAAUAUGGCAUAAGCCCCUUAAAAUGAAUCAUUUUAGUUACAUAAACAGGCCCCUCAGGGAUUGAAUGAAAUUGGAUGGGUUUAUCUCAGUGUGAUAUGUGGCUGCCAAUACACUGAACUGCGAUAUCAUGAUGAGAACAGCCGGGAAAAUACUGCAUGAAACUGCAGGAAUCAGAAAUUCACAUGCCAAAGUCUCAGCUUUUUAGGAAAGUUUCAAACUACUCCAGUGUCUGUUUACAACAUGCUCAGAUAAAAUGCUUGUGGUUGUCAUUGUGCAGUAGCUUUGAAAUUUAUACUGAUUAUUUUAAUGGAUGCAAGAUCAUGUUUUACUUCAAUAUAGGUGAUAAAACAUUUUAGGACUGCUCUGGAAGUAUCCAGUCCAUAUGAUUGUCAGUCUAGUUUUUGUUACUUGUUUCAAAGUAUGUCCUUAAGUCAGAUUAUAUUUGUCCUUGCCAUUUGCUUUGAAUGCAAUAAAUUUGCUUCCCUGUGGACACUAAAGGAGUAUUAAUAUAAUGUAUAUAUUGCGUGUGUGUGUGUGUAUAUAUACUUAAAUUG